UAUGAUGGACUUCGCUAUGGUAAUUCAGCACCUACUGAAACCAACCAUUCGAUUCCCAACAGCACGGAAGCUCAGUUCGCCCAAGCCCGUUCCCAUGGCUUCAAUUCGGUUGUCUGCGGUCGUAUUCUGGCCGGGAACUAUUUCCUUCUUCGCAGCCAGGCUGGUCGACACUUGGAAGCGGCACGGCGUCUAUGGCGCCUGAUUAAACAAGACUUUGACGAC